AUGAGGGUGCAGAAGGCCUUCCAGAACCGGGAACCGGGACAAGAACUGGGUGUUACGGGCGUAUUCUCUGCGUGUAACUCUGCGUGUCUUCCAAUGUCAGUAGUUGAGAUGUACCAGCACUGUGCGGUACAGUACGUGGUGGAGUUCGCUAAAAGCAUCCCAGGGUUCCGUGGGCUCAGACAGAAUGACCAGAUCACCCUGCCCAAGUCCGGAUCGAUGGAGGUGGUUCUGGUUAGAAUGAGCAGGUGUUUUAACACAGAGAACAGCACCGUCUUCUUCGAUGGGAAGUUUGGCAGCACUGAACUUUUCAAGUCUCUGGGCUGUGGUGAUCUGAUGGUGGCGGUGUUUGACUUCGCUCACAGAAUGUGUGCCCUGAGACUGACUGAGCAGCAGAUGGCUUUCUUCAGCUCACUGGUGCUCAUUAACCCCGGAUACAACUCCGUGGGUCUAACCCCAAGAAGUUCUGGAAAAUGGUUAAAGACCUGA